AUGGUUUACUUCAACCACCUCGUAGGCAUUGCCGCCCUUCUAGCUGCCUCUGCCUCUGAGGCAGCUGCUUUGCCCGUGUCCGACAAUACUAUCAUUAGACGCGAGGCCAACCCCAGCGAGUACUUUCAAUUCAAGAAGCGGGAGCCUGAGCCUAGCGAGUACUUUCAAUUCAAGCGGGAGGCCAACCCCAGCGAGUACUUCCAGUUCAAGAAGCGGGUGCCCGAACCUAGCGAGUACUUUCAGUUUAAACGCGACCCUGAACCCAGCGAAUACUUCCAAUUUAAGAAGCGAGAGCCUGAGCCAAGCGAGUACUUCCAAUUCAAGCGCGAGUUUGAGCCUAGCGAGGCCGAGGCCGGCGAUGCCAAACCUGAGGUUUAG